GCAGGCUUCCCAUCGGCAUCCUCUUCCUCAACACACACACACACACACAUAUACGCUCCGGAGUGCCACUCACACUCUCUCUCUAUCUCUCUUACACACACACACACACACACACACACACACCACCUGGAUCCAGCAUGGCAACCAUCACCUGCACUCGCUUCACUGAGGAGUACCAGCUCUAUGAAGAACUGGGCAAGGGAGCGUUUUCGGUGGUGCGCAGGUGUGUGAAGAUCCUCUCAGGGCAGGAAUACGCUGCUAAGAUCAUCAACACCAAGAAGCUCUCAGCCAGAGAUCACCAGAAGUUGGACAGAGAAGCUCGGAUCUGUCGACUCCUCAAACACCCAAACAUCGUGCGGCUUCACGACAGCAUCUCAGAAGAAGCGCAUCAUUACCUCAUCUUCGACCUUGUGACGGGUGGAGAGCUGUUCGAGGACAUCGUGGCCAGAGAAUAUUACAGUGAGGCAGACGCCAGUCACUGUAUUCAGCAGAUCCUGGAGGCGGUGCUUCACUGUCACCAGAUGGGCGUCGUUCACCGAGAUCUAAAGCCAGAGAACCUACUCCUGGCCUCCAAGUCCAAAGGAGCAGCGGUGAAGUUAGCAGAUUUUGGACUGGCGAUUGAAGUGGAAGGAGAACAGCAGGCAUGGUUUGGAUUCGCGGGGACUCCUGGUUAUCUCUCACCUGAAGUGUUACGGAAAGAUCCGUAUGGUAAAGCUGUGGACCUGUGGGCCUGUGGUGUGAUUCUCUACAUCCUACUGGUUGGAUAUCCGCCGUUCUGGGAUGAAGAUCAGCAUCGACUCUAUCAGCAGAUCAAAGCCGGAGCUUAUGAUUUUCCUUCUCCUGAGUGGGACACGGUCACUCCUGAAGCUAAAGAUCUCAUCAACAAAAUGCUGACCAUCAAUCCAGCAAAGAGGAUCACCGCCGCCGAGGCGCUGAAACACCCCUGGAUCUCUCACCGCUCCACCGUGGCCUCCUGCAUGCACAGACAGGAAACCGUGGAGUGUCUGAAGAAGUUCAACGCCCGCCGGAAGCUGAAGGGCGCGAUCCUCACCACCAUGCUCGCCACCAGGAACUUCUCAGGAGGGAAGAGCGGAGCCAACAAGAAGGCGGACGGAGUGAAGGAAUCUUCAGAGAGCUCAAACACCACUAUCGAGGAUGAAGACACCAGAGUGAGGAAACAGGAGAUCAUUAAAGUGACCGAGCAGCUCAUUGAGGCCAUCAGCAACGGAGACUUUGAGAGUUACACGAAGAUGUGUGAUCCCAGUGUAACAGCCUUCGAGCCUGAAGCUUUGGGGAAUCUGGUGGAGGGACUCGACUUCCAUCGCUUCUACUUUGAGAACUUGUGGUCUAAGAACAGUAAGCCGGUACACACCACCAUCCUGAACCCCCACAUCCACCUGAUCGGAGACGAGGCCGCGUGCAUCGCCUACAUCCGCAUCACGCAGUUUAUCGACGCGAACGGAGCGCCGCGCUCCGCCCAGGCCGAGGAAUCUCGCGUGUGGCACCGACGUGACGGGAAAUGGCAGAUCGUCCACUUCCACCGCUCUGGAGCACCCUCUACCAUCACCAAUUGAGUUGAACAGCUGGCGUUAUUGCUGCAUGAUCCGUCCUGGUGGUCCUGCUGUUCUGCAAGCUGAUUGGACACCGCGGAAGCUGCCUGACUACCCACAAUCCUUUGCUUCCCAUCUCUUACAUGAGCAUCCAGGCUUGAGUUCAUCUCACACACACAGACACACACACACACACACACACACACACACUUAUUAUUUUCCUUCAUCACACACACAUUAAAGGUUUUUUUUUUUUUUUAUCAUUUUAGUUUUCUGUGGAUUUGACUGGAAAGUUGUUUUCCAAAUGUUUUCCAGUGAAUCAGGGCAACGUGUGAACUCACUGUGCGUUUAUCGUCUGUUUACGUCAUAAACAAUGCACACAAAUCAUAAAACACAGAAUUCGCUGAGAGACUGAAGGCUUCCCAGAAACAUAAUCAACACUUUAUGUUUUUCAUUUUGUUUUGCAUUUAUUUUUUUCAUUAAUAUACACUUUAAAAGAAAAAUAUCAACAAACAAAAAAAUGAAGAAGUGGUAUGUUAGCAUGCAUGCUAACGCUUAGCUGUUCAGUUGCCACUGGAUGAAGUUUCGGUUUCUUGCCCGCAGUGUUUCAGUGUCCGGCAUCGCGAACAACAUUUCAUUACUCAGUAUGAAAGCUGAAAAAGAGCUGAGAGUGUUGAGGAAUUAAAGUGGAAGGGCAA